UGCCACGCGUCGCGCAGCUGCUUCCGGCGCGAUGGACGACGACGCGUUCGCGGGAGACCUGGGCCUCGCCGAGCGGCGCGCCGAGCCCGAGCGGACGCCGCCACGGCCCGGAGAAAGCCCGCCAGUGGCCUGCCUGGACGCCACCAGCACGCACGAAGACGAGGUGAGCUCCCUGCAGAGCGAAUUGGACAUCUGCCGGCGGCUGCUCAACGCCAAGUACCUGGCGGCGCACAUCCUGCUUAAGCAGGUAGGGGCCGGGCUGCCCGCUCACUCGGACGCUCAGACACUCGUUGCUGUGCAGCAGCUGGUGCGGGUCAGCGAGGAGAAGGAGGAAGGCACGCGCCGCAGCCACCGCCAGUGUGCAGAGCUGCUCAAGGAGCUGAACGGUCUGCAGUAUGAGCUGCAGUGCAUGGAGGAACACCUGCGCCGAAGCCAGCAGACUUGGCUCGACCGACUCAACAGCCUCGUGCGCGAGAACAGCGACAACCUCGAAAGGCUCAGGGCACAGGGGGAAGCCCUCGGGAGGCUCACCUAUACAGCACAAGUGCUCCGCCGCGAGCGCGACGAGCUGCUGGCGCUGACCGACGUCAAGGAGCGCGACGUGUACCUGCAGCCCUCGGCGAGCGCCCGGUCGCCGCUCGAGCUGGCCGCGCUGGGCGCGUGCGCGUGCCGCGGGCCCCGCCAGGAACCGUGCCGCUGCGCCCACGCGGCGGCGCACAAGCAGCGCCAGCUGGCGCAGCUCGCCGAGCGCGCCCGGCGGGCCGAGGCCGAGGCGCGCGACAGCGCCAAGACGGCGGACAUCUACCGCGAGGCGUUCGAGGUGCAGCUGGCCCGGAACCGCACGCUGACGCGCCGCCUCGCCCAGGUGCAGUCGCGCAGGGACCUUCUGGGAACGCUGCUCGCCAAGAAGCCCGACAGGAGCCUCGUCGACGACCUCGUGGAAAGCCCAGAGUGCGGGAAGCCUCGAGCUCGCUUCUUCCCGGCGCCGCCCCGGCUUCGAGGGCCGCCGGGGACCUUCUCCAUCGGCGUUGCCGCCGCUGGGAGACGACUCUCAAAAGUUCAGAGUUGGCAGACCGCAGCUCUGGGCCAUCCGGCAAGCCGAAGGUGCCGCUCGAGUUCAAGGACUUCGAGCCGCCACCUGACAAAAACUGCCGGACCAUUCUCUAUUAAAGUUUCUUCUUCAUCCUUCGUAGGAUUGCUGUUGCAUAUAUUGCCCGAUGAGGAAUGAAAACCCACCACUUUAAGGUGCCAUGAAAGAGUAGCUGCUGCUUCAAUCUUCAAGAGGUCUGCCAAAUACAGCUAUGCAUUUGCACUGAGAAAAUGUUACUUAGCUCUUUCAGAUUGUUCAAAUAAAGUGGUUUAUCAACAGAA